GACGCCAAUCACGUUCCACUCCGAUUUCUCAACCAACGGACACAAAACCCAGAAGACUCGACGCAACACAUCAUUUACAGAUAGUAGAUUACAUCUCGAUCCAUCAAUCCACAACCAUGUCCACCACCACAACUCCAGCACAAUCGGCUCCUGGAUCAACCAAGGAAUCUCCGCCAACAAUGGGUCCCAAGACAGUCUUUUUGAUCCGUCAUGCAGAAUCGGUGGAAAACCAACGGAUUUCUUCCAUGUUUAGUUGCUUGGGUGACCUUCGCAGCUUCUCGCUGCCGAAGCGAUCCGAUGUGGGUGCUUCUUUAGAGCUAUUGAAUUUUGCACACGACGUUCCCCUCAGCGAAGUUGGAUUGCAGCAAUGCCAAACUAUGAAAGAAAAACUGACGGACUGCAAUUUUGUGGCGUCUCAGAAGAUUGAGUUGGUCGUUCAUUCGCCACUGGCCCGAGCCAAACAAACCUGUGCCGAGUUGAUUGGGUGCAGUAGCGAUGACGCCGAUGGCGAGGAUCAGUCACAAUCAGGAAAAGUAGAAGAAGAGGAGGUCAAGUUCGAACCAGCAACUCCCAACGCAAGUGCCACCAAAGCAGAUGCUACCGGUACUACUUCCACUACUACUACCACCACAACCAGCACAACUACUCCAUCCUACCCGGAACCCAUUCAAAGAGUGGUCAAUUUGGAUCUUCUCUCCGAAAAGACUCAUAUUGAAUGGGUCCCUGGGAAUUCAGGUGGCUUUGAGAGAAGAGUCGCCAGUUUUGAAGAAUGGCUGGGCAACCAACCGGAAUCCAUUGUUGCGGUGGUUGGACACUCUCAAUUCUUCAAGCUAAUGCUGAAAAUGCCAUUCAAAUUCAACAAUGUGGAUGUCUAUCAAGUGAAAUUCGACAAAGAUAAAACAAAGCUCAAUGAACCUGUCAUUAUGGAACAUGAUGGAACUGCAGAUGAAGUUGUAUUGAAACCUCAGUGGUAUGAUUUGAAAUUGCUGCAUUCUUGCAAGGAAACUCCCGCCGUCCCAAAUACUGCCGCCACAACGCCAACACAAGAAGGAGCUGAUGGCGCCAAUAAUGGCGACAAUGGUGAAAACCUGUUGUAGUAGUGACGAAGGAAACAGCAGGCAAGAACAUACUAUAUCUGUAUAUAAUGGUGGGCUGCACCUUGAUUUGUUGUCAGAAAGCCUGUUGUCAGAAAGCCCGUACACAAGCAACAACAAAGUAAAACAAUGUUAAAUAUUUUGGUGGACCACCAUUGAUUGAAUGAUUUAUAAAAAUCUGUUCCUUAUG